AUGUCAUUACAUAGGUUGCGCUUUGAUACUGAUUUAAAUUGUCAGAGACGAGAAUUUCGUAAUAAAAAAAAAACGUUUAGGAGAGAAUUGUGGCGGACAGAUUCUAAAAUAGGGAAAUUAACCGGUCGGCGAUCCUGGUUGAGUAUAGAAACCAAGAAAGAUGUCGGAUUUAAUACCCCGAUUCCUAUGACUACACUAAAUUCAACCUCGACGGAAGUGAUCUCACAAGGCCAGUCAUUACUAUGGAUACCAUAUGUUGUCAUAGCGACGGUGUUUUUAGGAUUCCUUGGUGUACAUUUCUGGUGCUACCACAGAAAGAAUCAAGAAAAACUUAGCCGGAAGUUGGACGAGAAGCGAGUGAAAGCCGAAAUCUUCGGUGAAGUCAGAAAUUCCGAUUUACGUCAAAAAAGAUGUGUGUGUGCGGAAAUAAUUAAGGUUGAAUCAAAAGAUAUAAAUAAAUACAACGGUCAACAUUCUCGGAAUUCGAACGCAAUAUCUGUUAUCAACUGUGAUGUGAUUCAUUCUCCGUCGUGCGAAGUAUUUUAUCUGUUGUAUAUGGCGGACCCAGAUUGUCAACACGUGCAUAAUCGUUUUUUAAGUUCAGCAUUACAACGCCUAAGGUAG